GGUUUGCAGGUGAGGAUAGCUAGAAUUUUUAACACUUACGGUCCUCGAAUGUGCAUCGAUGAUGGUCGUGUUGUUAGCAACUUUGUUGCUCAGGCGCUAAGGAAAGAACCAUUGACUGUUUAUGGUGAUGGGAAACAGACAAGGAGCUUCCAGUAUGUUUCUGAUCUGGUGGAGGGUCUUAUGCGUUUGAUGGAAGGAGAACAUGUUGGACCUUUUAAUCUCGGAAAUCCAGGCGAAUUUACCAUGCUUGAACUUGCUGAGGUGGUCCAGGAAGUUAUUGAUCCAAAUGCAAAGAUUGAGUUCAGACCCAACACAGAAGAUGAUCCCCAUAAGAGGAAGCCUGAUAUCUCCAGAGCCAAGGAGCUUCUCGGUUGGGAACCCAAGGUUUCCCUCCGUAAGGGUCUCCCUCUUAUGGUUUCAGACUUCAGGCAACGCAUCUUUGGUGAUCACAAGCAGGGUAGCGGCAGCAGCAAGACCACUCAAUCAUCAUCUUAAGUUGGCAUUCAUACAUUCAAAUUACAGAGGCAGAUAUGUUCGUCGGGUAAAAUUAAAUUUCCUCUCGAGUCUUGUUCCCCGGAAACGACAUGGUUAGAAACAGCAGCAGCAGUAGCUGUGCAGCAGAUGGGGUCCUUUUACCUUUGUUCUCUUUAGAAUAGAUUUGGAGGUUUCCAUUUUUACAUAUGUUGUGUAUCACCAUUCUGUAAUUUCCAUGUUAUACUUACCCGCUUUUAAUCUUUUUAGCCAGUGAGCUUCACCAAUCAUAAAAAUUACAAUUUAUUCUUUUGAGGUGAUACAUAUAUUUUUUAAAGUAUUUAAUUUGCUGCUUAAUUUGCACGUUUGAAUCCCUUCUAACUCUUUGGCAAAAAGAGAAAACCCUCUUUAACUCGUAGUUUUUGUAAGCAUUGUUUGCAUACUAAAUUGUACUAAAAUGUACAUCACUUAUUAUUAUUAAAUAAGGGUGAUUCUU